CCACAGAGGAAGCAGGAGUGGAUUUCAUGUGAAGAGACUAGAGCACACAUAGGAGGGUGCUUCCUGAAACAGAGCUACAGUGUAUGAAUCCACUGGACACAGGAGUUUCUGGCCCUUUGUUUACUCAGUGUCAUGGGUCAGCUGUUCUCUGGCACAUCUCAGAGUGAAGCCUUGUACUCCAGCUUCACUAGUUAUUUUCAGAAGUUUAAGGCAGAAAACAAAAUCAUUUCUCAGGGAAUCAUCACGUUAAUUGAGUUAUACCUGACACUAGGAGACCUUCAGCAGGCAAAGGAUGAAAUUGCUUCUGCAUUAAGAGAACUGACUAGUACCCCACUCAAUGUCGCUGUGAUAGGAGAAUCUGGAACAGGGAAGUCCAGUUUCAUCAAUGUCUUCAGGGGGGUUGGACAUGAAGAGAAAACUUCAGCUCCAAUUGGGGUGGUGGAGACAACCAUGAGUAGAACUCCAUACAGACACCCCAACAUUCCGAAUGUGGUUAUUUGGGACCUGCCUGGGAUUGGAACCACAAAUUUCCCACCAAAAGAUUAUCUGGAGAAAAUGAAAUUCUAUGAGUAUGACUUUUUCAUUAUUGUUUCGGCCACACGCUUUAGGAAAAAUGAUAUAGACCUUGCCAAAGCAAUCAGCAUAAUGAAGAAGGAUUUCUACUUCCUGAGAACCAAGGUGGACAUAGAUCUAGAAAAUGAAAAGCAAUGCAAAGACACUUUUAGCAGAGAAACCUUCCUGCAGCAUAUCCGAAGCCAUUGUGUGAAUAUGUUUAAGAAAAACAACCUUGAUGUGCCACCAAUCUUCCUGAUCUCAAACAGAAAUGUAUCUGACUAUGACUUCCCAAUCCUGAAGGUCACGCUGAAAAACAAACUUUCUACUAACACACAUCAGAACAUUAUGUUUUCUUUGUCUAAUACUACAGAGGCCACCAUUGAAAGAAAACACAACUCUAUACAGCAGUUCAUUUGGCUAGAAGCCUUCAAGGAUGGAGUUUUGAUGACUAAUCCUGUAGUGGACAUCCUCAAGGACAGUGAUGUAGAGAAGUUAAAGAUGAGUUUAAACAACUAUCGAGUUCUCUUUGGAGUGGAUGAUGCAACUCUAGAGUUCAUGGCGAAGGAUUCCCAAGUGUCUGUUGAACAACUGAGAAAAAUCAUUAAAUCCCCUUAUUUGUUAGAAACUAAGAAAAGAAAAACAUUAGAAGGAAUGCUUUUAAAAUACAUGGAGAGAUCUGCUUCAGCUAAUGGUGGACUCCUGAAAUCAGGACUUUACUUUCGGAAAACCUAUUACUUAGAACUUCUUUUCCUUGACACGGUGGCUGAAGAUGCCAAAGUUCUCCUCAGAGAGACACAUUCAAGAAAUUAGUUCAGACUAGUUUAGGCCAAGCAUGGAGAUGCACGCUUUAACCCCAGGUCUCCAUGCAGGAGGCAGAGGCAGGCAUAUGUCUUUGAGUUUGAAGCCACUCUAGUUAGUCUAUAUAGCAAAUUCCAGCUAGAGCCACAUGGUGAGACCCUCCCUCUAAAAACAAAGACAAUAAAAGAAAUUAUAGAAGUUCAAACUCAAGUCACCCACAGCCACUGACCGUAUCCAUGUUUAAUGGUUAACGCUAGAGUCAUUAACCAAUCUUCUAACUGCAUGAGAUACCUGAAGAUAAAGCUCCUGGGCCUGAAUUAUAACAGAAUCAUCUCACUAAUUCAUGCUCUCUCUCACUACCUCCAUUUCUGACUCAAAUACACACACACACACACACACACACACACACAGGCCCACAAAAAAAAACCAGGCACACACACAGAAAGAUGCACAAGCAAACACAGAGGGAUACACAGGCACUCACACACAGGCACACACACACACAAGUACAUGCACAUACAUUCUCCUGAACUUUACCUAUUCCUGUUGUCAAGUCUGUGUUAGAGAGUGACUAGCAUGGUUUACAAAUUCUCUCAACAGGAAAAACUUAAGGCCAAAGUAGAAAGAAACCAUAACCAGAGAUCAUAAAUUUGCUCAUGAAUAAAAAAUUGCUAAACUUCUGUCACAUGCUUGCUAAAGAACAUUUAUAAUUCUGUGACAGGACCACUGGAGAACUCUGAAUUACUGUCAUUACCUAUCUUGAUUAUGAUCAUAAAAAAACUGUUUUAAACCACACAUGGCACCAUAAAAUAUAGAAUAAAUUGCUGAUUAAAAAGAA